AUGGAGGCAUAUUUGAAAAAAAAAGUUGAGCCCUAUGAAAAUAAUUUAGAUUCUAUUGAUGAAAAGGAAUUUAAUAAGAAGGUAUUUCCCAAAAAAAUAAAAGAGAGUAAAAAAAAAGUUCCAUGGGUUGAAAAAUACCGCCCCAAAUCAGUUGACGAAGUGUCUUGCCAAGAAGAAAUUAUUUCGGUCUUGAAAAAAUGCAUAGAAGGAUCCAAUCUUCCCAAUUUAUUAUUUUAUGGACCACCUGGUACUGGCAAAACUUCAACAAUUAUGGCAGCUGCUAAAGAUUUAUUUCAUGAUCAGUUAAAAGAUAGAGUUUUAGAACUUAAUGCAUCAGAUGAAAGAGGGAUUAAAGUUAUCAGAGAAAAAGUUAAAAUAUUUGCACAAAAUGCAGUUUCAUCUCAUAUGUUGCCAAAUGGCAAACAAAGCCCAUCAUUUAAGAUAAUAGUUUUGGAUGAGGCAGAUUCUAUGACAUCAUUUGCACAAGCAGCCUUGAAAAGAAUAAUGGAGAAAGAAUGUAAAACUACCAGAUUUUGCAUAAUAUGUAAUUAUAUUAGUCGUAUCAUUGAACCUAUUACAUCACGAUGUGCUAAAUUCCGUUUUAAACCAUUGGCAACAUCAGCAUUAAUUAAUAAAUUAAACUACAUAUGUACUCAAGAAGGGGUGGACAUUGAGAAUGAAGAAGUAUUGAAAUUUAUUGUAGAAGUUAGUGAGGGGGAUAUGAGAAAAGCUAUCACUUAUUUACAAAGUGCUUUCAGAUUUAUUAAGGAUGGCGAACAGAUAUCUAAAUAUGAUAUAUGUGAAAUAGCUGGGAUCAUACCUGAUGAAUGGAUGAAUAAAUUUCUAUAUUUUUACAAAGAUGGCCAUUUGAAAAAAUUGAUUAAAUUUGUUGAAGAGUUUAUGCGAACUGGCUAUUCUGUCACACAAAUGAUCUAUCAGUUGACUCAUAGAAUUAACAAUGAGAGCUCUGCUCAAGAAUCGAUCAAUAUUUUGAAUGCAAAUUGCGCUAUUUUGGAAAAAUGUGCCGAGGUUGAAUAUCGUUUGUUAGAUGGAGCUGAUGAAGAACUUCAAUUGCUUGAUUUGAUGUCUUUUAUAUUUCAAAAACUCAAAAAAGCUUAA